ACUCAAGGAGUACGUAGGCGGUUGGUAGUUCAGUGUAGGGGGAAUUGAGGCCCAAGACGGACAUCGACGUGCUGGCCACAGCAAUCCACACGACACCACCACGAAAACAUAACAGAACACCGAAACAACCUGUCGGCUGUCAGCGAGAUCCACUUCGGCUAGCUCCAAAAUUCAGAACAAAAAUGCUUCUUCUUCGUUUUCAUCGGCCAGCUUCCAAAUCUGUUGUUCGAUUUGCACGGUACACAUCGAGCGGGUCAUUUAACAAUUCACCGUUCAGCGGACCGGUUGUAGAACCCGAUCCCUUUAAAGAGCGCGAGAAAACGAAGGAAGACUACUUUGUGCAUCAACAAGAGCUGGAGAAACUUCGCCGUUUGAAACGGAGCUUGCAGCAGCACCGUAAGGAACUCGAUCAAAUUGAACAGCGGGUGAACAGCCUUACCCAGAAACAUGAAGAACAAAUGCCUUCUUCAACGGAGAACAAGGACGACGAAUCGAAGGAAAAAACACGCCCCUGAGCGAAACCAAUCCAUUGGACUUGGCUCAUUGCUGAAAAGUUGUCUAUCAGCUUACCGACCAACAAAGGUCACUAAAAAGGGAACUAUGGACACCCCUGUACCGAUAUGUAUGCACGACUGCGGAACAUGCACAUGAAGACACGUUCGCGUGUCUAAGUAGUAGCAGACCAAGAAUUUAAUGAUGACAGUGAGAAUGAUUUGCAUGUGAUGUGUAUAAUAGCAUCAGCAGUAUUAGAGUUAGAGAGACGUAAAAUUCGGUUGC